GGGAGUGUGUGAGCGUGAGUUCUUUCAUUUACUAUAUUUUUUAAUGUUUCUGACUGAGCUGGAGUACGUAAUCAAGUCACGAAGAACGCCAGAUGGGCUUAUUUGAUUUCGUAAUCUGGCUUGGAUCACGGAUGGCAGGGGAUAGCCAUCGAGGUAGUCAUAAUGGUCGUAGAGCUCGGUUGAUAGAACGUGGUCGGAGAGAUUAUCAUGACGACCACCGAGAACGACGAGGUGGCUCACGUAGCGGCAGUCGGGAAGGUAAUCGCGAUGAUGCUCCACGUCGCGCCACACCCGUGUGCUUUGGGUGUAAUGUUGCGGGCCACUAUCAGACCGACUGCUGGAGAUUUUGGACUGACCCGGGCACUCGGCGUCAAAUGGAGGCCGACAGGUACACAUGUCCAGUUGAGUUCCUUCGCCGACAAGCGGUGCAAUCACCACCAAGGGAGGGUGUGCAACCGCGAGGAGCCGCUAUUGAACCGAAGGCGGCAAAUCGGCUCGAUGAGCUCGGGCGGACAGUUGCUUCCGUCCAAGAAUUCGUUGAGAUGGAACGUGCUAGAAGAGCCGAGCGGGAGUUGCGCCGGUGUGAGCGGGAGGAAGCACGUCGAGCUGAGGAGGAAGCGUUGGCUGCCGAAAGCGAAAAGACGGCACGGAAGGCCGACAAGCUUCGUAAGAAGGAGGAGGAGCAGAUGGCCAUGGCGAAGGCUGUUGAGGUGCAACUGUCACUCCGGCUAGGCGAUAUUCAAGAGGAGAUACGCAUGGAACUUCGGCGCGCCUCUGUUGGUACCAUUGUGAACACGUAGACUAGAACUGUUGCUAACGUCGACAAGAAAGGUAAACAAGUCACCGUUGAGAACAUACCAUCCACCUCCGGGACUGCGAGUGAUGUGGAUUCGAUUACUGAGAGUUCUGGGAAGUUGACCAUACAGGACAAACGGAGGAGGGGGGUAAAUGCGCCGAUCGGCGAUAGCCCUCCCGUUGUCACACCAGCUAAGCGUGCCAAUAAGCAGACUAGCGUGCGACCGUUACGACUUACCGAACGCCUGCAGCAAACGAGGACGGCCGUCUCCAUCCGGAAGGCGGUCAAUGGACAAACAAUGAAAGCGCUGACAUCCA